AUGGCAAAGACUGUGAGAUCCCAACCCCUCUCGCAGUCGGUGGUUACCCAGACGAUCCGGGCGAUCCGAUCUGAUGACAAAGUGUCGUCUGCUUCGGCUUCCAAGAUAUCGGCCAGACCGAUUCAGUCUCGUCUUCCUGGUUCCUGUCCAUCACUACCCUCAUCAUCGCUAUCAGCUCUGACAGCUCCCAUUCGAAAGCCGGAUGAGCCGCCUCAACUCGAGAUACCAGCCACAGCGAACAGUCAGCCGGCACCACUUUCGCACAAAUCAACGUCGGGCCCUUCCAGAAGCCGUCUCUCUUCAGGUUCUUCUAGUUUCGAGUCGUUGAAUUCGCCUCCUACACCAAAUGGACCCUCAGCUGCUGCCAAAGUUGCUUUUAAGCACCCAUUCAAGCACUUUGAUGCAAACAAGGCUCCAGUGAAAGCUUCGCGUCAGUCAUUGUCAGCAAAGGCAGCUUCAUCUGCUUCGCCUUCAAGUGCCAACAGAAUGCUCGACGACGACUUUUUCCCGCCUCAUGUCCAUGUCAGCACCACCCCAAGCGUAGAACCCAAAUCUAAUCACAUCCUCGGCCCCGACGGUCAGAUAUACACACAAGGCGAUGCUGCCAAACUCGGUCUCAUCAUCCGCACCGCCUGCGAAGCGUGUCGCAACCGCAAGCUCAAGUGUAGCGGCACGCUUCCGGAGAUCGGGGGCUGUGAACGGUGCAACAGCGACGCAAUUCAGUGCGUCUACUCAGCACGAGCACCUAUAGGUCGACCUAAGAAACGCAAAGUUGACGAGGGUCAGGAGUCGACAUUGGACGUAUCAACCUUCUCACCCGUAGCACAAGCCAAGGCUAAGCCCAAGCCAAAACGCAAUCACUUGGCCAGCAGCUCUGUUAGUAAACCUGCUGCAAAGGGCAAGGCUGGCAAUCUCGCCUCCUUCAACUCAUCGGCUGCCACUCAAGAUAGGGUUCCAUUUGCAACCUCCCCGGCGCUUCAGCAACUUCAGAAUGCAGACUACAACCCCAUGCAACACAGCUUGCCAAUGUCUCCUGCACAAAGCGAACAGGCACAUCAUUGGAACACGCCGCAAGAUCACAGUCCAGCAGCCUUUGUCCCAAGCCAGUCUUUCGGCUCAUAUGCAAGCCCGAUGCAGACGCCCAUGGUGCCCAGCUCAAACUCCAUUAGGUCUAGAAUGUCAUCUGCACCCAAGCUCUGGUCUCAACUUCAAGGCAACUUUGCAAUGACUCCAUCCGACACAACGACGACGCCUUGCUCUGCGAAUUCGCCUGCCUAUGCUGCUUCUUCGUACGCAAACGACCAACCUCCACGCGCUUCAGAGUCACAUGUCAGCUCCUCUUCGCCUACAGCCAAGUUGCCUUCUCUCGACGACCUGUCCGUCGCCGCGUUUCUGCAGUCGCUCGAUACGCUUGAGAUCUCUCCUGCUGAGCUUUUGCAGCAGCAGCAGAUGCAGAUGCAGAUGCAACCAUUUUCCAAUGCCACAUCCGCCUCGGGUACGCCAACUGCUUCCAGCAAUUAUGGACUCGGCCUACCCUUCGAAAUGAUCAGCUCUGCCGAUUCAAGUGCAACGAAUCAGCUGACAGCUUCUUCGGUCGAAGAGUGGGCUAUGAGGAGUGCAAUCCUGCAGCCAGGUCUCAGCUUUGCCGUGCCUGCCGACUUCAGCUGGUGGGAUCUCGGCAUCAAUGGUGCCGACUUGGGACCUGGCUCGGCCACCGCCAGUGUAUCUGCCACUCCCUCGUCUGAGCUCGCCUCCAUGAUGUUCCCAUCGAUCAGCGCAGUGCAGCCUGUAGUGGCCGAUUCGAGCAACAGCAGUGGCAUGGCCAGUCGCCCAAGUGGCUCUGAACAUGCAUCUCCUGUAGAACCCUCUCGCACGCAGGUAUCUGAAAGAUCGCGUAGACCCACAUUUAGCGCUACUCAACCAUGGCCAAGGGGUGCAGAUGCCGGAAUGGGACAAGGCCAGAUUCAACACACGGUUGCCGCUACAGAGACUGGUUUGGGCUGGUCCACGCUGCCCGUGGCAAAACCCUUGACCAAUGCGCUGUCAGGACUAGUCGAGGAUCAAGCAAACAGUGCUAGCCCGAAAAGCAGCUGUUGCUCAUCCAAAUCCACCUCGACAGCCUCGCUGUCCCCACCUGACGCCAAACACAAGCAACUACAAGAGCCUUCACAAGAGCAGAAAGCCUCGUGCUGCUCGUCCAAGUCAAUGGCACCAACAAACACAGAACCUCAGAAGCUGAAUUCGUGUUGCACCAAUAAAGUCAAAGACGAAACAAAAGAGACGGUGCCAGAACGAUCUACGUCCAGCGAGUCAGCUAAGAGCUGCUGUUCCAACACAAGCAUGUCAUACGCGAAAUCUGCGACCAAGGCAUCUAGCGAGAGCGAGACACUAUCGAACGAAGCCAUCGAAAUGGGGCCGCUGUCCACAUCCGCCUCAGUUCGAGGUGCUGUUGCUCCGCAACUCGACGGUGAACGCAAGCGACAUGCGGCCACGCAUGCGCACCACCCCAACAAGGUGCACUGCGUUCCGAAUCCAAGCGGUAAAGGGUGCACGUGUCUAUGCGAUAUGAGCGUUGCGCUGCUCAGUGUCAAGCAGGUUCUUCGCGAGACGGAUCCUCACAAGGCCAACAGCCGCGACAAUGCUGAUGCGUCUUGUUCAUCUCAGCGCUCGAAGAACAGCUAUGCUACCGACACAAUUCAGCUCACGCUCACGGCGUCGCAGGCUAUUACAGCGCAAUGCGCGUGUUCGGCCGACUGCCCCACGUGUCAGUCGGACCCCUCGACCGAGAUCUCUGCGUCGUUGUUGGUCUCAACUGCGCUGCAGAUUUACGCGCGUGCUGUGAGGAUCCUGCGCGAAGGAUUCGCUGCAUCCUCGUCGCCGACGUCAAAAGCCGUGCUCGGUGGCGAUUCAGCAACCGCUGCGACGCCAGUUCAUGGACUCUUCGGCGGGCUAGAUGUGACCAUCGGAACUUACAAGCCGUCUACUAGCAACGCAAAAAAAAUCGCGCUCUAUGCGAUCAAGCUCGAACUGAAAGAUUUGAGAAAGGCGCUGGGUAAGAUCAGUCGGAUGGCGCAGAAUUUCGGCACGAUGGCUGCCAGCACAGAGGGCAAGGGAAAGCGCAAAGCGAGCAUGCAAGACGGUGCGGACACAAAGCCAGAGUCUAUCAAGCAGCAGCAGCUGCUGCAGGGCAUGAACCCGAUCGAUCAGCUUGUUAUAUUGAAGCUGUAUCGUCAGCUCACGGAGCUGUUGAAGACGGUAGAAGGCUUGGAGGACGCUGCUUGA